AGAACUAGAAGAGGAAGAAGAAGAAGCAGCAGAAGCAGCAGAAGCAACCCAACAGUAGCCGCAGCAUCCCAUUCAGCCAGCCAGCAACAUGUCAGACGGCAUUGAAGUUGAACAAAUUGUGGAGAGCAAGCCGAAAAGGAUGCCGGUGGCCACGUCACUGGACAAGGACGCCAUCCGCGAGGCGUACGAGGACGUGCGCUCGGAUCUGACGGACACGGAGUGGGCGGUGUUCAAGUUCGAUGGGGCGCAGAUAAUCGUGCAUGGGCGUGGCCAGUGCUUCGAGCAGUUCCGCGAGCAGUUCGGCGACUCGGAGCGCGCCUUUGGCUACAUCCGCAUACAGAUGGGCGACGAGAUGUCCAAGCGCAAGAAGUUCAUCUUUCUGACAUGGAUCGGCCAGGAGGUGGGCGUCAUUCAGCGUGCCAAAAUGUCCACGGACAAGGCGCUCAUCAAGGACGUGCUGAACAACUUUGCCGUGGAGCUGCAGGCGGGCGUCCAGGCGGAGCUGGACAUCGAGCUGUUCCGUGAGGCACUGAAUCGCGCCGGCGGCGCCAACUACGGCACCGGCGUCCGGGACAACUGAG